GAGAGGGAGCAGAUCAUGACCACAAAUGUGUGGCUCACUCAGGAGUGGAAUGACUACCGGCUGAUGUGGGACCCCCAGGAGUACGAGGGUAUCAAGAAGCUGCGCAUCCCGUCCCGGCACAUCUGGCUGCCAGACAUCGUCCUCUACAACAAUGCUGACGGAACCUACGAGGUGUCGUUCUAUUGCAACGCCGUGGUGUCCAGCAAUGGUGAUGUCUUCUGGCUGCCCCCGGCCAUCUACAAAAGUGCCUGCAAGAUUGAGGUGCGGAACUUCCCCUUCGACCAGCAGAACUGCACGCUCAAGUUCCGCUCGUGGACCUACGACCACACCGAGAUCGACCUGGUCCUCACCAGCGACUUCGCCAGCCGCGACGACUUCACGCCCAGCGGUGAGUGGGACAUCGUAUCGCUCCCCGGCAGGAAGAACGAGGACCCGGACGACGCCGCCUACCUGGACAUCACCUACGACUUCAUCAUCAAGCGGAAGCCCCUCUUCUACACCAUCAACCUCAUCAUCCCCUGCGUGCUCAUCACCUCGCUGGCCAUCCUGGUCUUCUACCUGCCCUCGGACUGCGGCGAGAAGGUCACCCUCUGCAUCUCCGUCCUGCUGGCCCUCACCGUCUUCCUGCUCCUGAUCUCCAAGAUCGUGCCGCCGACCUCGCUGGCCGUGCCUCUUAUCGGCAAGUACCUGAUGUUCACCAUGGUGCUGGUGACCUUCUCCAUUGUCACCAGCGUGUGCGUGCUCAACGUGCACCACCGCUCUCCCAGCACCCACAGGAUGCCCGAGUGGGUCCAGCGGGUCUUCCUCCGCAAGCUGCCUGCCUUCCUCUUCAUGCAGCGGCCCGGGAGCUCUAACGUGCGCGAGCGAUUCCGGCAGAAGCAGCACCGCCGGUCCCGGCCCGACGCGGGGCCCGGCAAGGCCGACGCCGACUCCUUCUUCGUCAACGAGGAGCCGGCCAAGCGGCACGGCUGGCGCAUCGGCGACCUGCCGGAGAACACCGAGCGGCGGAGGAGGAUGACGGUCAAGUGCGACGAGGACGUGAGGGAGGCGGUGGAAGGGGUGCGCUUCAUCGCCGAGCACAUGCGGGAGGAGGACGAGGAUGAGGGCAUAAUCGAGGACUGGAAGUACGUGGCCAUGGUGAUCGACCGUCUCUUCCUGUGGAUCUUCGUCCUGGUGUGCGUGGUGGGAACCGUGGGACUCUUUAUGCAGCCGCUCUUCCAGAGCUACAACACGCCCAUCGUGGACUCGGCGUAAUGGCCGCUGGGCCCCACCCCCCACCCCGCGGUAACCCCGGCGACACCACCAG